AUGGCUCGCUAUUGCUUCGCAUGUGAACGCUCGUUUCCUACUUCUCGUGCAGUGGCUGCACACGUUGCGAAAUAUCAUCGUCAUCCACGGCGCGAACAUGUUGAUACUACAAAGAUUGAGAACGACUUCCUUACCGCUCAGCCAUGCAACUCCGCUGGCAUUGACCUACCCGAUGGAUCCCCUCCUCCGCCUCGUGACAUGUCUCAGACUUGGGAGCAAUUCGAGGACCGUCCGACUUUCGAGUUUGCGGAGCUUGUUAUCGAGAAGAUGCAGGCGUCCAAGGGAGACAUCAAUGCCCUUCUCGAGAAGCUCGCGGCAAAGGCGAAGCUCCACCAUUCGGACGACCCGCCAAUCUAUCCCAACUACGAUGCCAUCCUCAGAGACGUAGAUGAGAUUAAGCUGGGUGUUGCUGAAUGGGAUACGUGGAGCUUUGGCUGGGAUGGGGCUGUCGAUGCAAACUCCAAGCCCUGGAAGCAUAAGCGCUGGUUUGUGCAUGCACGCAAUCCCCGCGAGCUCUUUCAGUCCCAGCUCUCGAAUCCUGACUUUGCGAAGGGGUUCGACUCCGUCCCCUUUGCCGAGUUCAAACCCGACGGCAAAAGGCGUUAUCAGAACUUCAUGAGCGGCAUGUGGGCGAACGAGGAAGCUGAGCUUAUUCGCAAGACGUGUCCCACUGCGCGCGGCGCGAUGCUCUCGCCCAUCAUCCUCGGAGCGGACAAGACCACGGUGUCCGUUGCAACUGGCGAUACCGAAUUCCAUCCCGUCUACGGUUCGCUCGGCAACUUCCAUAACGAUCUGCGGCGCGGUCACGGUGAAGCAGUCGGUGUCAUUGCCUUCCUAGCUAUUCCAAAGGGCUCAAAGGAGGAUAACGAAGAUGCCGAGUUUCGAUUAUUCAAGAAGCAGGCAUAUCACGGCUCCCUCAAGCAUAUUCUCGACCCGUUGCGGGAUGCCAUGUCGACGCCAGUGGUCAUGCGCUGUCCCGAUGGUCAUUUCCGCCGUGUCAUCUUCUCCAUCGGGCCAUUCAUGGCCGAUUACCCUGAACAGGUCUAUCUGGCUGCGAUUGUCCAGGACUGGUGCCCUAAGUGUCUCAUCAUGCCUGAUCAUUUACACGACGAAGGCGAUCCGCGUUUCCGUGAACUCGACGAGGUUUUGAGAGCGGGGUAUCCAUCGGCCAACCUCUGGGACGCAUUCGGUAUCGCCGACGGUGUCAAGCCUUUCACGGAGCACUUUCCGCGCGCCGACAUCCACGAGCUUCUCUCGCCCGAUCUGCUACAUCAGUUAAUCAAAGGGACUUUCAAAGAUCACCUCUUUGAGUGGGUCCUUGAUUACUUCAACGACCGCGAACGGUUCUCGGCGCGUCAAGCAAAGAAGAAGAUCGCGGAGCUUGACAGGCGCUUACGUGCAAUACCCACAUUCCCUGGGCUACGCCGCUUCAAGGAUGGGCGGAACUUCAAACAAUGGACGGGCGACGAUUCUAAAGCACUCAUGAAGAUUGUACUACCCGCCCUCCGUGGUCUGAUCCCUGAUCGCAUUGUUCAGUGUAUGGCGACAUUCCUGGACUUUUGCUAUCUCGCGCGUCGCUCCAAUCACGACGAGGAUUCGCUCGAGCUGAUGGAUGAGACCCUCGCGCGCUUUCAAGAUCUUCGCCGUGUGUUCUUGGACUUGGGCAUCCGCGACAACUUCAACCUUCCGCGACAACACGCCCUCGUCCACUAUGUCCGUUCCAUACGGCUUUUCGGUUCCCCCAACGGACUCUGCACAUCCAUAACCGAGUCCAAGCACAUCAAGAUGGUCAAGGAGCCAUGGCGACGUUCAAGCCGUUUCAAUGCUCUUCCCGAGAUCCUCAAGUGGAUUGACAGGCUCGGCAAGAUCGCGGCUUUCCGGGCAGAUCGUGGGCGACGCGGCAUGUUCGACGGCGAUGUCCUCUACGACUCGCGCCGACUCGCUGCUGCCGCCGAUGCCGAUGCAGACGAGGCUGGCCGUGAGCGUAGAACGAAUGCCCGCCUGCACCGCUUCACGCGUGCUGAGCGGGACGCGCACGAGGGUCGGCACGAUAAUGAUGUCCUCGCGGUUUAUGAUGACGAGGAUCAGCCAUCCGUCAGACUGGCAGCUAAACCUCACUGCUCGCGUGAAAUCGAACUAUUACCCGUACGGGAUCGCAUCAAGGACGCGCUACCAGAGCUCAUUAGUCGGUUCUUGUUCGACCAGCUCUACGCCGACGACUUCUACAUCACUGGCGAGGAGGCCGACCUCGAAGAUUGCCCUGAGUUCGAGGGCAAUGUUGGUCUAUAUCGCAGUGCACGCGCGACGUUCUAUGCACCGAGCGAGCUCUGCGGGCCCGAGGGCAUGCAUUCCGAGGUGAUUCGGAGCAAUCCCUCGUGGUACGGGCAAUACGCGCGCUACGACACGGUCUUGAUCCAGAACGAUGAUGAUGAUGCAGUAAUGGGCGGGAUGCUAGUCGGCCGUGUUCUGGCGUUCGUGGGCUUCACCCAUGAGCGUAUCCGGUACUCUGCUGCUGUUGUGGAAUGGUUCGAGCCGGUGGGGGACGCGCCCGACCCUAUCACCGGCAUGUGGAUAUUACGCCCACGAGUUCGAGGAGGGGAGCGCGAGAUUGGCCUCGUGCAUACUGAUUGCAUAGUUCGCGCUUGCCAGGUAAUUGGUGUAUACGGUAGGGAAAAGGUCCCCGAUACACUACAUCAUUCUCAGGUACACGAUGCUUUCGACCGCUUCUAUUUCAAUAAGUACUCCGAUUACCAUACACACGAGUGCUACCCUGUAUAG